GUAGUUACCCACCCGCUACCCAACCACAGCGAAGGUAUACUCAGUAGGCUUUUCAUCUCCCGCCGAUCCCGUCGUCGUCGGUGAUUCCAACCCCGAUGGGUGCAGCAGUGCUCCGAUCCCAGGAUUGCCUCCAAGGGCGACUACAUCUCGACGCCUUCGGAUCUCGUUCUCCGCAGCUGCCGUCGACGAAGCCCCAUCGGAAGAAGCCCCCUGUCUCGUCCGCCACCACUCCGAUGAAGCCUGGCCGAGGCUGCCCUCCGCGAUCGACCCCGUCGCCGCCUCCUAAGGCCAAACCGCCGCGGCCCGUAAGGCAAUGGCCAUCGCCCGAGGACGAAGGCGCCACCGACGGCAUGACGCGCCCAAGGAGGGUUCUCGUCAUGGAGGAGGUGAAGAUCCUGAAGCGCGGCGAGCAGUUGAAGCCGGUGGCGUCCCCGCCCGCGGAUGCCCUACCGGACUGGGCCGACUUGGUUUUUUGCCCGACGAGUCGGCUCGGGCCGGGCCCGGACGACCUGCCGAGGAAGUUAGGGUUCUUCGAUCUCAAACCCGUGUACGCUGGGCCGGGGUUCGUCGUCUCCCCCUCGCCGAGCUCACUCCCCUUGCCGAGUUUCUGCUUAAAGAAGUCUGGUGUGGCCGGGAAAUAAGGAAAUGGAACUGCGACGGUCAGCUGAUGUGCUCGUGAUAGCCACAAUCUGCCGCCACGAAGCAGUUUACAUCUGAUGAAUGCGUUGAUUUCACGCCGAUGCUGAAGUGAAGAUUGAGAUACGCCUGAGGCGAAAAGUUGGUUUGGUAAUGCGAAAAAUGAUGGAUUAAUGGGGAAACAUAGCUGCCAUGAUUCAAAGAUCAUGGAAUUGUCUUCUCAUGCCUGUUCCGGAUUCAAAGAUCUUCCUCUAUAUUUUCUGGAGGACGAUGAGAGAUCAGAGGAAAAGGCCUCGGAUCAGGCAACUCUGCUUCUGCUGGUCCGCCUUCAUCCGCCACUUCGAUAGGUGGCAUGACUCUCUUCCAGAACCAGUGCUUCCUCCACAGCAGUAUCAUCUCCUCGAUAGGCACCCCUUUGGUCUCCGGGAGGAAGACGUAGACGAAGACGGUCAUUAUGGUGAUCCAACCGGCGAAGAAGAGGAAGAUGCCGAACUUGAA